CUGAUCCAACCACUUUUCACAACCACUAACUUUGCGCCACGUUGCCACCUCUAAGAUUCUAUAUACUUACCCAUCUCACAUAACAAUCUCAUUAGCCUUCCCUCCUUUGUGAAUACACAAACAGAUUCUUUAAGUCUUUUACUAUGUUGAAAGAAGAGAGCAACGAGAGUGGGACGUGGCCACGAGUUCACGAAGCCAAUCGUGUUCGUAUCUGCGACUCAUGUGAGUCUGCCCCGGCUGCGUUUUUCUGUAAAGCAGACGCUGCGUCUCUUUGCACAUCUUGUGAUGCACAGAUUCACUCCGCAAACCCAUUAGCUAGACGUCAUCAACGUGUGCCAAUAUCUGCAAACACUGAUGUCAUGAUGGUGGGUGAAGACAAAGAGGAUGAUGAUGAUGAGGUGGCUUCGUGGUUAAUGCUUAACCCAGGGAAAAACAAUAACAAUGGGUUCUUGUUUGGUGUUGAGUAUCUUGAUCUUGUGGACUACAACUCAGGCAUAGACAACCAAUUCGAAGAUCAGUACAGUCAAUACCAGAAGAGCUUUGGUGGAGGAGAAGAUGGAGUUGUGCCACUUCAAGUCGAAGAAUCAACAAGUCACAUGCAACAAAGCCAACACAACUUUCAUUUGGGUGUCAAUUAUGGUUGCUCUACAGAACCUCACUACAACUACAUAAGUGUUGUGCCAGAGUCAACAUCAAGUGACACAACAGUUCAACACCCUAAAGAGUCCAUAGAUCAAGUAUCUGUUCCACCUACUCAGGUGGUGCAGCAGCUAACUCCAGCUGAGAGGGAGGCUAGGGUCUUGAGAUACAGAGAGAAGAAGAAGAGGAGGAAGUUUGAGAAGACAAUAAGGUAUGCUUCAAGAAAAGCAUAUGCUGAGGUAAGACCAAGGAUUAAAGGCCGCUUUGCAAAGAGGAUAGAUAUGGAAGCUGAUGCAGAACAGCUCUUUACAACAUCACUAAUGUCCAAUACCAGAUAUGGAAUUGUUCCUUCCUUCUGAACUCUCCUAGUAUCAUCUGUAUCAUUAGUUUUUGUUACUUUUGUAUAACUAUUAUGAGUUAAUCAGAUAUGUUCCUAUACCUGCUGUAGUUUAAGC